CCGUCUUGUAAAUCAUCAGCUCCACGCUUCUCCAGCUUUUCGCAUAUCUGGGGUUCAGCCUGUACUUCACGUUCUUCAUUGAACUGAUAACCACUGCUCUUUCUCCAAUCACUUUGCCACACACCACUCCAAUAUGGUGUUUGGACUCGGAGGCUCUCAGGAGCCUACUCUGGACCAGGUCCAUGAGCAGCAGGGUCGUCGUCCCUCUGCCGUUGAAGUCAUCGCUGAGGAUCGACGACGCAAAAGCGUUGACAACCGUGUCGUUACCGGUGCCAGCCAGAUCACCGCUCGUCAAUCUAUCAUCCCAGUUUGCCUAGUCACAACUCUCUUCUUCUGCUGGGGUUUCGCGUACGGUUUACUCGAUGUCUUGAAUGCACGUUUCCAAGUCGCCUUGGACAUCAGCCAGGGAAUGUCCUCAGGUCUGCAGGGAGCUUACUUUGGCGCCUACUUCAUUGGUCCUCUGACCUACUCUGGAUGGUUCCUUCGUCGGUUCGGCUACCGAUACACCUUCAUCCUCGGUCUCUCCAUCUACUGUGUGGGAGCACUGAUGUUCUGGCCCUCAGCUGUCUACCGCAGCUUCCCCGGCUUCUGCGGUUCCAUGUUCAUCGCUGGAUCCGGCUUGUCAACACUCGAGACUUCGGCCAACCCAUACAUUGCUGUCUGCGGUCCCCCCAAGUGGUCUGAGUUCCGUCUCGAGCUCUCCCAGUCCAUUCAGGCUGUUGGCUCUGUCGUCGCUCCCGUUCUUGCCUCCUACGUCAUUUUCAAGAAUGUGGGUGCGGAUGGAAAGUCUCUCGAAGCCGUUCAGUAUGUCUAUCUCGGCAUUGCUGGUUUCGUCGCUAUCCUCGCCGUCAUCUUCUUCUUCGCUCCCAUUCCGGAAAUCACGGACUCCGACAUGGCCGAUCAGGCUGAGAUGACCACCGGCGCCACCGGCUACGUCGACAAGCCGCUCAGGAAGCAAUACAGACUCUUCUGGGGUACUGCCGCCCAGUUCUCCUACGUUGCCGGUCAGGUCGGUGUUGCUGCUUACUUCAUCAAUUACUUCCUCCAGGCCCGUCCAGACUUGGACACCACCACGGCCCAUCAGAAGGGUUCCGAAUUCUACGCAAUUGCCCAAGCUCUCUUUGCAAUCGGUCGCUUCGCUGCCGCUGGUCUGAUGUACUAUGGAGGAAAGCCACGUAUCGUGCUGCUCAUCUUCCAGACGGGCAUAAUGAUCUUCAUUUCGGCGGCCAUUGGCACCAACACCGGCGGCGCUGAUCGUGCCAACUGGGGCGGAAUCAGCAUGCUUUUUAUCGUGCUUUUCUGCGAAUCAUGUAUCUUUCCCCUCAUCUUCGCCAUCACACUUCGCGGACUCGGACGUCACACCAAGCGCGGCGCUUCCUUCCUCGUCUCCGCCGUCUGCGGUGGCGCCGUUGGGCCUGCCAUUCUCGGGAACGUUGCCGAUAAAAUUGGCACGAGGCACGCCAUGUGCAUUCCUUUAAUCUUCUACGCUAUCGCAUGGUCUUACCCCAUUUACCUCAACGCCUUCCGGGCUAAGGAGCUUGACGCGUACUCUGAUUCCCACGUCGGUCUCCAGGAGGGCACCGUCGACUUUGACUCCAUUGUCGCCACCAAGGAUGCCGAGGCUGGCCAUUUUGAGAACAAGAGGUAGAAUGCAUGAUGCUACGACCACAUGGUAUGGCGUUGUUCAGAUAGGAGAAAUGGAACAGUCAUUGAUACCUGGAUAUCUUGAGAUAUUGUGCGGGUUUUUAUCUGCUUCUAGACUUCUCUGGGUCGGGAGGAGUUUGUAUAUACACGACCUUUCACAUACCCAUGCCAUAUAUCUUAGUCGAACGAUUUACGAAUGACAU